AUGGAAAAGAUUGCAGCGACAGAUGUAGUGGACCUAAACAGCAUCUUAGCUUAUGCUGGACGGCUUUCUUUCGUUUUUCAUAGAUAUCGACUACUCUCUACGGAGAAUGAGUACCUUAUACCUAGUGUUGUUGAAGAACAUAUUAGCCUUCUCAGUUCCACCAUUGGUACUCUAAACGAAGUGCUUGGCCUUCUGAAACGAGAAGACGCGGGUAAAACCCAGAAUCACGUCUUCAGCGACGAUAGCCUUCAAUUCGUGAAUUGGCUGGUAGAAGAGUGCGCGAAGGUCUUGGGUAAGAUUGUUCCUACAGCUACAAAAGCUGCUCAGAAGGUGGAACGAAAGAAGACCCGAAAAACAGCGAAGAAAACCAAAGAGAAUAUCAUUGCGCCUGUGGUGUCAAUGCAAUUGAAGCUUGACGAGGAGAAGUUCUUGAUUGACCUCGAGACUGCAGUGUGGCAUCGUGUAGACAACGAUACCCACGUCUACCUACAGCGGUUCAGAAAGAUCCAAUUGCAUCUUCUCUUGGUAUACCAAGUUGUUACCGUCGGCUCGCUUUUAGGAGAUCGAUCUUCUAGAAAAGUCGAUAUCGAAAAGAUCGUCCUCUAUCACGAACGUAUCAACCACACCUUCGAUCUAGUUUGUAGAUCUUCACCAAGUCGGCGUCGAAACUUUCGUUCCAGCAGUAGCUCUGCGUAUACGCUGAGUGGGUCGGAUAGUGAUAGUGAUCCUAGUUCGGUUAUUUCUAGGAGAAGACCAAACCCGAAUUCCGCUACAUACUAUCCUCCGCCUCCUCCACCAUUUCCGCUCGCAGGCAGAUGUAUUCCUCAGCCCGCAUUGAGGGUUGUAAGAACCGCCCCACCCGCUCCAUCCCCUGCCAUGGCAGUCAUGCCAAGACCACCGACUCCAAAUUCUACGUCUUCCCCAAUAUUUACUGACCUGAAUACCAACCCCCCCUCAUACGAGAGCCAUAGAGGUUCCACUUCGCAGCCAUCGAAGCAAGCAUUGCCAUUAAUACAUCCCCCAAAAUCUCCACGAAUAUUACCGGAUAACAAAGGCGAGAAUAACAUGACAGAUACAGUAAAAAAGAAGGAAGAGGAGCAAGUAGUUAAAAGAAACGCGGAGCCCCAAGCACCGGAAGGCCAACUCUUCAAUUCUCCCCACAACCGUCUUAGCUUCAAGAUCAAAAGCCUCUUUCGAAGCAAGGAGUCUCUUGCUGCUGAGAUGAAGAAAAUCUUGGAAAGUACUUCAAGCGUACUCGUAGCUUUUCUCAUUCAAGGUUAUGAUGUUAGGCAAAUCCCUCACUCAACCUUUCACAGCUUGGAAGCUACGCACAUGCGUACGAUUCUAAGCCAAUUGAAUGACAACAGCUGGCUUGAGACGUUCAGAAAUUUGACGAAAGUUGAACACAAUACACUUGAUGUUGCUCUGUGCCCUUGUGUGCAGACAAAGUUGCGUCGAGAGGUAGUGGUGCUUAAGGUUUUACAGGAGAAUAACAACAAUGUAUGGAUGCGUCUCAUUGCCAAUAAGUCUGUCACUCCUCUCUUAUCACAGCAUUCAAGCGACCGAAUAAUACUAGCCAUUGUUCAAGAGCACCUGGAUGAUGGCAAACAAAUAAGUCCAAUACCUCGUGGAACUGUGGGAACUUCUGCACAGCGCUUUCCUGUGCCUCCUACACCUCCAGGGUUUCCUCAACCAAGUUCAUCACCUCCUGGAGUGCUAUCAGGUCCCCCUCCCCCUCCUCCCAGAGGUAUGCUAUAUUCGCCUCUGCCUCCGCCUCCUGCUAUGCUCCCAACAAUAAGACCUCCUCCAAUGAUAGCUCCCAGAGGCCUUGGUAGUCCUCCACCUCCGCCUCCACCUCCAGCACCUAGAUCACACUUCAAUUCAACCCAAGCCUACAUCUACAGCGAUGCUGAAAUAAUGGUUGCUUUCACAACAUACGCUGAGUACACGCUUCGACAAGCCGAGCCUGACGGACCCAGUCUGCUUCGCACAUGGUCCAAGAUAAUUAUUACCCAAGAGUAUAACACACUUGCCGACAUAAUCGCUCGCGUGGAUUCAUUCAAUCAACGUGGGAGCUCCGUUAUCAAUUCUCAAGUCCGUCUCACGGAUCAACAAGCUAUUCACAUGACCCAGAUCUUGGAAGAUCUUCAAAUAAAAGAACGAGACCACAGGUUUGAAUGGUGCUGGGUGGAACUAACUCUUCACAAUAGCAUGGGCGAAGUGGAUCUCGCUACGCGUGGCCAUGCAGCCCAAACUGCAACGAUGAUGCAUUUGAUCGCUCGAAGAUCUCUGAAAAGAGAGUAUAAACCCUCUGAGGUUUAUAAUCUGCUUGUAAGAGGACCACCACGCCCAGGUUUCAAUAAUGGCCUUCUUCCACGACCAGGUCCACCAGUCGGAUUACCGCCACCAAUGCCUGGACCGCCUCCACCACCUCCACCGCCACAGCCUGUAGCACCUCCAGUCUUCAUUGAUCGCUUCAGACCACGACCAAGAGGCAAUGGGAGAGCUAGAGAUAUAAGUAUGAGCGGUCCCGAUGAUCCCGGUAGCUCAGGGAGUGAUAGUGAUACUACUUACGAUAGCAGAAUCAGACGUGUGAGAAGAACACGUCGCAAUGAUAGACGUAUGGGCCGACGUUAUUCUAAUAGCGAAAUCUCGGAUGAUAGCGACGAUGAAGAAGAUGUCAUUAAGAUUCCGAUAAUUUUGAAAAGAGGCGAUGAUGUAGUCAAGAAGCUUUUGGAUCUUUGGACACCGAAUACGGGGGAUGUUGAAAAGUCAACGGGCAGAGUGAGGGAGAGUUCCUAG